AUGGCAGCCAUAACAUCACCGGAGAUACAGGCAGUCAUACGGAACGUGAACGCAAAAGCACUCGCGCUCGGAUACGACAUCAUGGCAGACAGCAACAAGCCCGACCUCAGCGAAGCGAUAGUCGACUACAUCAACGUCACCAUCGUUGAUGUCGCUGGCAGACCUUCUCCUGCAUCCCCGACCUUCACCAGUACAAGCCUCGUGCAUUUCUUUCGAAGAAUAUCAGAAAUUUACUUUGUGCGCUUUGCAUCACUCGCUACCACUUCAAUAUUAUCCUCUGACCUGCCGAUCCGUCACUGGCAUCUACUAGAGAAGCCCAUGGACAUGCAGUGCCCGCCUGGUGCAUUGCCUCAGAUUGACGGUUUUUGCCAAUCAAGCUUCGCUGUGCGGUUGAAGCGUCUAGAAGGGCAAGGCCAGUUCUUUGCAUGA